CAGAUGCAAGAUGGCUAUGGUCAUGGUGCAUUAUAGGAAAGAAUAUUCGAAACGUCCGAAUGAUCAUUUUUAAUAAUAUAUAAUUGUAAACGCAUCGCAACGAGCUCGGUUUAAGUUUUCGUGUAUGAGACGGUAUAUUUUCCUCGCAAACUUUGGAAACGCUACGCAAACAGGACAGAAAUCAAAAUGACAUUUUUCGGAGCAAGCUGAUUGCAUGUAGAAUCUCCGAUGUCAGCAGGGAGGAUGAUUUUCUUAGUUUUGUGGCGAUUUCGCCAGUGAUCGAGUAUUGUUUGAAAAUUAAGUAUGACUCCUCCUUCGAAUCGAAAGCGAAGCUCGUCUGUUAGUUUUACAAGAGCUAAGGAUAACAGUGAAGAUGGUGCAGACGAAAUUCAUAUAUCUUUAGCACCAUAUAUACAAACCUAUUUGGCACAUAGCGGUCAAGGGCUCGGAUGUUGUGGAAUUAGCCUUCCAGUGCCGUUUGAACGUGCAGCACCAAGAUCUUGGUGGAAUCCUAAAUUCGAUUCAGAAAUACUUGAAGAACAAUUUAAAAGAAGUGCCUUUCCACAAAUUAGAUUAAGAUUCCGAUAUGCCCUAACGUAUAUAUUAUUGAUUUCUUUAUCAUGGUUGGCAUAUUUCGUUAUAAUUGGAACAGAAAAUAAUACCACGACAUGGCCAGCUAUAGCAGCAGUUUUCAUAACUGUCGGAGCAAUGGUAUCAAUGGUUUUGUAUUUAACGCAUACAGAUUAUUACAAAACCUAUCUACUACCAAUUUCAUUAGCAGUCGCAUCUAUGCUUUGCAUCCUGUCCUUACUUUUUCUCGCAAUAGUACCACCCUACAUAGACGGCUUAACUCUAGUUGGACAUUUUGCACUAUGUUCUGAGAUUUUAUUAUUGAUUUACACCGUGUUGCCAAUGCCACUGUAUGUUUGCGUGGGGAUAUCGACAGUCUAUUCCUUUCUAUUUGAAUUUUUGACUGCCUACCUAUACGGUACAAAAACUGCGAGAGAAAAGUUUUUUAGUGAACAUAGUUUAUCAAAUAAUUCUACAGGAAACGAUACAGUACUAGAUUAUACCAAAAUAUCAGCAGCUGCGUACUCUUCGUUGAGAUAUUUAAAUGGCAGUCAACUUUUAAACACGAUGCGCAACGACAACGAAUAUACAACAGAAAGUGUGAAACCCGUACCAUAUUCUCAGGAAUCAAAACUGUUAUCCGCAUUUGGACCGAGGUCGUCCAACUAUGAGACUAUGAUGGACAGAUUAUCCGGAGCUUUGAACGAUGCAAAUGUUUUCAAAAACUUGAAUUCUAGUAUAAUAUCAACUAUAGCUAAUGUUAAUUCCGCUAUAAAUGCUUCAUCGAACGACUUAAUUUCCAAAGGUAUAAACAAUACAACCUCGGUAUUGGGGGAAAGUGUGUUGAUCCAUAAAAAUGACGAAACGUCAAACUAUUUCUUAAGUAGUAACAUAUCCAACCGAUCGUUUUCGGAUGAUAAUUAUUUUUCUACGAGUCUUGGGAUAAGGAUUUUAAUGCAAAUCUGCAUUCAUCUGAUAGGUAUACAUAUUUUAAUAAUGACUUUUGUAAGAAUGCGUGGUACAUUUAUGAAAGUUGGACAGUCGUUGCUGGUGCGGCGUCAACUAGAAAUGGAGAAGCAGCUUAAAGAAAAAAUGAUUCAUUCGGUAAUGCCACCAAAAGUUGCCGACUGGUUGAUGGAAGAAAGUGAGCGUGAAAGGGAGCGUGAGGAUUCUUUAAAAAAAGGAUCGAUACCAUCCAAUAAUACAGAUAUACGUUCGCUGUUUCGGCCAUUCAAUAUGCAUUCGAUGGAUAAUGUUAGUAUUCUAUUUGCCGAUAUUGUUGGGUUUACGCGAAUGAGUUCGAAUAAGACUGCGGAAGAAUUGGUAGGCAUUCUAAAUGAUCUUUUCGAAAGAUUCGAUGAUUUGUGUGAACAUCAUGGAUGUGAGAAAAUCUCCACAUUGGGAGAUUGUUAUUAUUGUGUAAGUGGAUGUCCGGAGCCAAGAUCUGAUCAUGCAAAAUGUUGUAUCGAAAUGGGAUUAGCUAUGAUAGAAGCUAUAAAACAGUUUGAUAUUGAAAGAAGAGAGGGUGUUAAUAUGCGAGUCGGAGUACACACUGGAACUGUUCUCUGUGGAAUUGUAGGUACUAAAAGAUUUAAAUUUGAUGUAUGGUCCAAUGACGUGACACUGGCAAAUAAAUUAGAAAGUACAGGGAAACCAGGAAGAGUUCAUUUAAGCGAAAACACGUUGAGUUUUCUCAAUGAUCAAUAUAUUACGGAAGAAGGGGAUCUGAUAAAUGGUAUUAAGACUUAUUUUAUCAAAGGUCGAAAAUCGGAUUUCGCCAACCAAUUCAUAGCAAAUAUGACAUCUCCAAAAAGUAUAUCGCCUCUGAUGCAGUCGCGUCACCGCUUGGCCUCUUGCAAUAGUCAAUCUAAGUCGAAAUAUCAUUAUCUUCAUAUGGUCACUAAUGCAAGUAAUUAUAGAAUGAAAGCAAACUCUCUGCCGAGUAUUUUAGACUCAGAAAAUGGAGAUACCGACACCGCAGAUGGGAAAGAAAAUGUGAAUAAAAGUCCGAUAUCUGUUGCUAGUUAUGGAAAGAAAAAAUUGAGGAACAAGCCGUGGAAAUACUUACAACGACAACGUACCACCGAAGAAAUGACCCCGCUUGAAAUGGAACAAGCCAAAGCAAUUAUUACCGAACGAUCGAAAAUUGAAUUUCAAUCGUUCGAAGAUCGCAAUGGAUUUAGGCAGAAUACGUCCCAAAACGACAUAGAAAUGGAUCCAAACCCUGUACCUUCUAGUCCUUUAUUGUCUGGUCAAGAGCCACUCAGUCGUGCCUCUUCUAUGUGUAGCAGAAAAGAUUCUGGGAUCAGAAGUAACAGCAGACGUAGCAGUAUACAGCAGCAGUUAUUUUUGAUGAACGGUAUGGCUCAAGGAGACUUAUUAGCGCACAGAGUGAGCGGCUAUUAUACUUCUAGUUCGACGUUGAACUCUAUUCAAGAGCCGUCGUCUUCGAUACCUCCCUAUCCGUUUCCCCCAACAGUCACGGAUACUUUUGGUGCAUGUUUUCAUAAGUUAAGAAAACAAUCCGAUCUGCAAUUGAUCAGGUGUGUUCAAGAUAACGUAAGUUCUCAACGCUCGUACUUCGUGAAACCGCCGCUAUCAAGCGUGACUCUUUUCUUCAAGAACAAAGAGAUGGAAAAGGAAUACAGAGAGAAUGCUCAUAAGGUCAGCGAGUGUAUCAGCGGUAAUCCGCCUACUUUAGCUACGUCGAGGUUCAAUACGUAUUUUGAUAUUUUGAUAUCGGCGCUGGUAUACACUGCCGUCACGGUUUCACUUUUUUUACUUUGCGAGCCUACGUUAUAUUAUAUAAUAUUCUCCGUGUGUGCUAUUACGAUCCAAAUUAUAGCCGUGUCGCUUUGCGUUCGUCAACUUUUAUAUCCGAACAUGGUCCACGCGACGUUUAUACAACAAGUAUUUAAAUUCUUCUCGCAAUGGUAUCCUUGGCACACUUGCGGCGCGAUCCUCGUCGGUUUACCGAUCACGUCUAUUCUUUUCAAUUAUUCCUGCAGCAACUUGCAUAACUUGAAAAACUUCGAAUACUAUUACGGUUACUUGAUCUUGGUUGGUCUGGUCCAUUUUUGUAAUUUCACGCAACUGAAUUGCUGGAUGAAGAAUUUCUUGGUGACGUUCAUGGGUGUACUAUUUCUGUGUCUUGUAAUGAAUCAUAUAUCGUAUAAUCAAGAACAUCUCGGUAACCAACUCGCCAACAACUCGAUACAUUAUCCACGAUCCUCGAUGAAUCAACGCGGCGGCGAUUUAAUUACGAAACAAAUGUUGAACGAUACUAUUACCGCUUACGAAUUAACCACCGCGUCGAAAGCUAUUCUCACGCGACAACGAGAAGCGGAGAUCAGAUACAACGAAAGAUUGUACAGUUCGGAGAUUUUUUUAGAUAUGAUACUUUUGCUGUUGCUGGUUUGGUUUUUGAAUCGCGAGUUCGAGAUCAGUUAUCGGUUAAGCUUCCACGGGAACGCUGUAGCGGCGCGUGAUAAAAGUCGCGUGCAAUCGAUGAAGAAUCAAGCCGACUGGCUUUUACACAACAUCAUACCGAAAUAUGUUGCCGAUCAGUUGAAAACGACCGCGAAAUAUUCGCAAAAUCACAAGGCCGUAGGAAUAAUAUUUGCGAGUAUAGUGAAUUUCAAUGAGCUCUACGACGAGUCUUACUUGGGCGGUAAAGAGUAUCUGCGUGUGCUCAACGAACUUAUCGGAGAUUUCGACGAGCUGUUGGAGAAGUCGGAAUUCUCGAACGUGGAGAAGAUCAAAACUAUCGGUAGCACGUUCAUGGCGGCGAGCGGCCUAAAUCCCCAGGUCAGGCAACAAAGUGAUCAUAAAGAAGCGCAUCUUUUUCAAUUGAUAGAUUUUGCUAUGGCCAUGCAUAAAGUGAUAUACGACUUCAACAGAGAUUUGUUAGGUUUUAAGCUGAUCUUAAGGAUCGGUUUCAAUUACGGCGAUGUCACCGCCGGUGUGAUCGGUGCUACGAAAUUAUACUACGAUAUUUGGGGCGAUGCUGUUAAUAUAGCGUCUAGAAUGGACUCUACCGGAGUGGCUGGAAGAAUACAGGUGGCCAACAAUGUUUUGGACGUUCUCUCGGAACGAUACGAAUUCGAGCCACGCGGUCAGGUCUACGUGAAAGGAAAAGAUAAUAUGGACGUGUUUUUAUUAGUAGGGAAAAAGGACGAUAUCGAUACAACGACAUGCACUUAAAAACGUUUCGAAGCGCCUAACGAUCAACCCAACACCGAUAUUUGCCUACGAAUUUAUUCGAUUGCACGUUACGAUCUUUUCUGGAUUAGGCUUCUAGCGAUAUAUUUCGAUUCUCGUAACGAAUUGUAUGAAUUUUUGCGGUGAACGUAUCCCGUCGAUGUUGCAAAGUAAAAACCAAAAGUACCUUAUUCUUCGAUUGCUCGCUCAUUAAAGAUAUUUAUUCUUAAUGAAAUUGUUCACUGUAUUUUUUUACGUAAUUUAAGAGCAUCGGAUGCCGAAACCUACCAAAACCUACCUUUACAAAGUACAAAGUUUAAGGUUACGAAAAUUAGAUUGAUUUGAGAUCAAGAAAUUUCCCUUAAAUAUUAUUACGAAGAAUCUAGGCGAAACAUCUAGUGUUUGUGUACUUUCUGUAUGAAUGAACGAUGCGAAUGAACGAAUACGUGACCAACCCUGGUCAUCGUCGACAAGUUCCUAGUAAACAUGUGACUUAUUCGAUAACUGUUAGUUAUCCGGUGCAUGAAAAAGCUUUCUGAUAUUUUCUUUCAUUGAUUCUUCCGGUCCACGUUGUUUCUUCUCUGUUCUAAUGCUGAUAAGCGAUCAGAAUUAUUUGUAUAGUAAACCGGAUUUGGAAACGUGUCGAAUCGCUUUGAAUUUCAUAGCGAUUCACGCGGUCGGUGAAUCGAGGAUUUCUAUCGAAAUUUCCAAGGAUGAAUUUAAAGAUCAAACGAUGAUAUCCUGGUAGAAUGUUACAUUUUUAGAUAUACAUAUAGUUUUUUUUUUUAUAAACAAUUAAUAAGAAGUUUUAAAUUUCGUAGAAGAAUCAAUGAUAAUUGCUGUGGAAUAAAUUAUUACUUCGGGAACGUGAGUUCACGUAAUCAUUUACAUUUGUAUCUUACAAUGAUUUUUUAUGGUUAAAAAACAAAUCGUACAUGCCAACAACAGAAGCAAAACAUUUUUACAAUUACAUAAAAUUACAUUUAUUGCUGUUUUCAUCGUUGGAACGGCGUAGUAUUCGGUUGAAAUUUGGAAACAAUAAUAACGAUUUUAAUUUUUGCUGAUUGCAUACUUCUUUUUUAUUUUAUACUUAUUAUAAAUAAAGGUAUACGAGAUCUAAUCGUUUAUAAUAAAAUUCGAAAAAUCGAUUAAUCACAGCAUUGAAAUUUGAACGUUUUCAUCGCCAAUCCUUACAAGAGAUUUCAAGCUUCCUGUAAUCCUAGUUGAAAUGUAUGAUAAAAAUACGCAGCAGAAUGAAAUAUUUACAGAGUAUCGGCAUUUGAUCUUAGAUUUACGUCUCGGAAAUAUCAGUAAAAUCCUCGAUAGAUUCAUACCAUUAAGGUGCUCUUGGUAGAACGCUCUUUAAGAGUUAAUUGACCAGUAAAUUAUAAUCGAAACUCUCGUCUAACUCUGUUACAAUUAAAGAAACACUAAUUAAGUAAAUACGACUCCGGAUUAUUUUCUAUUGACUUAUCGCACGGUCAAGAUUACACUGUGAAGAACCUGUUUUAAGGUUUUUAUAAUUCUCGAAAAACGUGGUACUCGAUAAUUCCAUAUAAAGUUUACAUUCUGUUCUAGUUGAACGUACGGUAGAAAACAAUUAUCGGAAUUUUAUUGUAAUAUUGCUUCAGGGUCACGUCAAUGAUUACCGUUUGAAUAAUAAAGUCUCUUUUCACGAAUUAUCAUUCCGCCAUUUUGUACCUAAUAUUUAUCAUUUUUUUUUUUUUGUUUUUAAAUAUCGGUAAAGAGAUAUAUGUAUAUAAAAAGAAAAGAAACAGGAAAAUAUCUUUUAGGAUUUUACUGCAAUCGUAUUCCAAAGGCUAUUUUUUUUUUAGAGAUUCGGAACAUGAAGCCCCUUUAAUGUCCCAUUUUGUGUGAGCAUACAUACAUAUGUACAAAAAAUACAAAACGUGUUUUUUGACUUUAUUUGUACUUAUUUAGAAACGAGUUAACAUUGUUUUAUGAUUUUUAUGAAUGUACUAGGCAAAAGUGUUUCGAUUUCAUCGGAUGAUCUAUCGCGAUAGUUUGUUCAACGGGUAAUAAAAUUUGAAGCUGAUUCAAAACUUGUACUCUGUUACAAUAAUCUUAAUAAUAUUUUAUGGCAAAAUAUAGAUCUUUAUGAAUUUUGAUAACAUAUGUAACUUCGAUACUAUAGACAAAUUGAUCGUAUUUAACGGCUCGUAAUUUAAUAUUGCGUGCUAGUGUUUGAAACAUUUUUUAAGAUAACAAAAAUUUAGCGUUGAUAUUAUUUUAAAUUGCAAUGUGCUCAUUACUUUAAAUGUUUUUUAGGUAACACGAUCUCUAUCGCGAGAGUGCUUCGUUUCUUAUACAAUUUGUUUUAUGAUAUCUAAAUUUCACAUGUGACGAUCGUUGCGUGUUAAAUAACUGAUCAGUUUUAUCUACGAUCUUGUUGUAAAGUACUGUUACUAUUUGAUGCAUAAUGGCGAUUAUACAAAGUACUAAUCUGAGUUUCGUGCGAUAGUCAUAGCGUUACAUUUCUCACAAUAAUAGAAUAAAAUUAAUUAAAGUAAUUACAAAAAAAAGAAAGAAUUGUAACAACAAAUCAUGGAAGUAUUACAUUUUUAAACGAUAUUUAACAUUUAAAAAUAUUUAUGUGUAAACAAGUGGAAUGCUGCAUUCUUGUCAAUUUUAAAUAUUAAGUAAAACUUGCAUUUAAUCGUCGUAACCCCGCCUAUAACAAAAAAAAAAAUCAUUUUACAUUAAAUGAUUUGGUUUUUAGUGGCCACUUUGCAUUUCCUAAAGUACCAGAAACUCUCAGAUAAAAUGUUUAAAACAAAAUUAUCGAAUAUAAACUUAUAUAAUUUACAGUACUUUUCAAAAGUGUUGAGAAAUAUAAACGUUUUACUUAUUCAAAAACAUAUUACAUGUGAUCCGAAUAUAAAUUUUUACACGAAAUUGUAAAAUUAUUUUAUAUAAAUCAACAACCUCUGUAUUGUAUAUUAUAGCGAAGUAUUGUUUACAAAAACUGUACUACACGUCGGCGCGAUUUUUUUCAAAAUCAUGCCGUUCUUACAUUGUUACAAGAGAUUUUAUGUAAAUUCAAAAAAAUAGGAAUAAA